AUGCUGCAGCAGCUGCUGCUGCAGCAGCAAGACUCUAGAUAUCUUUAUCUUACGCUUUCUCUGUUGCUGCGGCUGCUGGCGAUAGAAGCACAGGCACAGCAGCAACUGCCGCAGCACGAGCUGCAGCAGCUGCAGCAGCAGCAGCAGCAGCAAGAUGCACUACGCGCAUUCCUUAUCACCCACCCAGAUAUUACACACAGACUUGCUGCUGCUGCUGCUGCUGCUGGGGUUCCUGGCGUUGCUGCUGCUGCUGCAGCACCAACAACAGCAGCAGCAACUGCAGCAGAAACAGCAGCAACUGCAGCAGCAACAGCAGCAGCAACCACCAACCCAGACACCAAAACAAAAACCGAAACCAACACCAGCAGCAGCAGCAGCAGCAGCAGCAGCAGCGUUGAUGAAAAGACGUUGUCUUUGGCAAUGGCAGCAGCAGAAGAUAUGGGGUUAGUAAGCGUGCUGCUGCAGCAGACAGAUGUCCUUAAUGUAUCUCGGUGGUGCAGCAGCAGCAGCAUCAGCUCGUUGCUGCUGCGAUCGUUUACUCUUACGCAUGCAUGGACAGAGUUUGCUUCUGCUGAGGAAACACAGCUUGCUGCUGCAGCAGCAACACUCAGAAAAAAUACCAGCUGCAGCAGCAGCAACAGCAGCAGCAGCAGCAGCAGCAGCAGCAGCAGCUUGGCGCAGAAACUCAAAGAAGUGAUAGAUGAAGAUGAAGAUAUACUGGGCCUGGUUAGACCCACAAGGAGAAGACAAUACCAAUACCAGCAGCAGCAGCAGCAGCAGCAGCAGCAGCAGCAUGAGAGUGCUGCUGCUGCUGGUGCUGCUGCAGCAAGACGCGCAAGAGAUGCAUUUACUUUUACACGCAGAGACGGAGCAGCAACACAGCAGCAGCAGCAGCAGCAGCAGCAGCAGCAGCAGCAGGAGCAGCAGCAGCAUCACCACCAGCAGCAGCAGCAACGUCACCAGCGCCGCAACCUCCGGCAGCAAGAGCAGCAAGAGCAGCAAGAGCAGCAGCUGCUGCAUCAGCAUCUGCAGCAGCAGCUAGUGCAGCAGCUGCAGCAGCACAAUUUCUUCCCUGUGUCUGUAGAUGAUGACUCUCUCCCCUUCCUCGAUCCCCAGCAGCAGCAGCAGCAGCAGCAGCAGCAGCAGCGUCAGCAGCAGCAGCGGCAGCAGCAGCAGCAGGAGCAGGAGGAGUAUGAGGCUGAGGAGGCUGAGCAGGAGGCAGCAGCAGCAGCAGCAGCAGCAGAAGCAGCAGCAGCAGCAGCAGCAAUGGAUACAGAUGGAGAUAGGUAUAUACACUGGCUGCGCCGCCGCCUGCGGCUGCUGUCUGCGUGGCCCCUCAGCAGCAAAACGAUAGAGGGAAUCCUUGAGUGUUUGCCUGAGGAGACAAGACACAGCAGCAGCAGCAGCAGCAGCAGCAGCAGCAGCGGCUGCGGUAGCGGUACGCAAGUACUCAUCACUGACACCGGAGUAGUGCUGCAGGAUCUUACCCUGCAGCAGCAGCAGCAGCAGCAGCAGCAGCAGCAGCAGCAGAGUAUACCUGACCCUAUUGAUCUAGCAAAUGAGGCCUAUAGAAAAUAUCUACAAGAACUGCAGCAGCAGCAGCAGCAGCAGCAGCAACAGCAGCAGCAGCAGCAGCACGAGGAUAAUCAAAUGCAGAGCGACUCGGCAACGGCUGCUCCCCAGCAGCAGCAGGACGAGCAGCAGCAGCAGCAGCAGCAGCAGCACGAGCAGCUGCAGCAGGAGCAGCAAUCAUCAGCAGCAGAAGGUUCAAGUACAUCUGCCGCUGCUGCUGCUGCUGCUGCUGCUGCUGCUGCUGCUGCUCCUGAGGCAGAGUGGCUGUGGACGCGGCUGUUUGUGGUAGAUGAGAACCAGCAGCAGCAGCAGCAGCAGCAGCAGACAGACAUUCAGCAGCGAAUAGCAGCAGCAGUUGCAGAGGGAACAGCAGCAGGAGAAGCAGCAGUAGCAGCAGCAACAGCACAAGCAGCAGCACAUGUAGCAGCAGCAGCAGCAGCAGCAGCAGCUACUGAGGGACGUCGGCCUGUGGAGGCACUGAACAGGCUGCAGCUGCAGGGGCGUACUGGGGCUCGGCAGCAGCAGCAGCCGCAGCAGCAGCAGCAGCUGCUGCUGCUGCUGCAGCAGCAGAGGAGACGACGGCAGCAGCAGCAGCAGCUCAGGCCCGGACGCAGAAGGUUUAGCAGCAGCAGAAGCCGCAGCCACAGCCGCAGCCGCAGCAGCAGCAGCGACAGCAGCAGCCAGCUGCGCAUCCCAACAGAUAACCAAGGAACACCAGCAGCAGCAGCAGCAGCAGCAGCAGCAGCAGCAGCAGCAACAGAAGAAGAGCAGCAGCAGCAGCAGCAGCAGGGUGGCAGCGACUCGUCUUGGACGUAUACUGAUUCUGUAUCUAGGAGAAGCAGCAUGAGCAGCAGCAACAGCAGCAACAGCAGCAACGGCAGCAGCAACAGCAACAGCAGCUCGGUGCCUUCUCCCGUUAUCUCAAGGAUAGCCGGCACAGACGAUGCAGCAGCAGCAGCAACAGCAGCAACAGCAGCAGCAAUUGCUGCUGCUGCUGCUGCAGGGGAAGACAGGACGGAUAGGGAAGCACCUGGUGCUGCUGCAGCAGGAGCAGCAGCAGCAGCAGCACCCACAGCAGCAGAAAGAGAAGCAGCAGCAGCAGGAGCAGCAGCAGCAGCACCAACAGCAGCAGCAGCAGCAACAGCAGCAAGAGCAGGACAAGAUUCAUCACCAUUGGCUAUGCUGCUGCAAAUGAUGCUUUCAGGUACACGACAGGUGCAGCAGACGCUGCUGUCGCUGCAGGAGGCUGCUGCUGCUACUGUUGUUGCUGCUGCUGGUGGUGGUGGUGCUGCUGCUGCUGCUGGUGGUGGUGGUGGUGCUGCUGCUGCUGCUGGUGGUAAUCGAGCAGCAGCAGCAGAAACGGAACACGCAGAUGCAGGUGCGUUUGCUGCUGCAGCUAAUGCUCUACCGCCCCAGGAUGAGGAGGUGCUGCUGCUGCUGCUGCAGCAGCAGCAGCAGCACGACCAGCAGCAGCAGCAACGCCCCACGCGAACUGUCUACCGCAGAGAGCUGAAGGCUCCCAAGGAAUUCCCCUUCGUCAUACGCUGCACCCUUCUUCAGGUCAGCUAG